AUGCUGGGACAGUUUGACAAGGGAAUGUUCGUCAGGUUCAACUCCAGCCAUGGCUUCCCAGUGGAGGUGGAUUCUGACACCAGCAUCUUCCAGCUCAAGGAAGUGGUUGCUAAGCGACAGGGGGUUCCGGCUGACCAGCUGCGCGUGAUUUUUGCUGGGAAGGAGCUUCGGAAUGACCUGACGGUGCAGAGCUGUGACCUGGAACAGCAGAGCAUAGUUCACAUAGUGCAGAGACCAUGGAGAAAAAGUCUUGAGACAAACGCUUCUGGAGAGGACAAGCUCCACAACAUCUCAGGGGGCUCUGUCUGGGAACCCGGGAGCUUGACGAGGGUGGACCUCAGCAGCCACAUCCUGCCAGCGAACUCCGUGGGGCUGGCGGUCAUUCUGGACACAAGCAGCAGGAGCGAUUCCGAAGGGGCCAGAGGUUCAGGUAAACCCACCUACAACAGCUUCUAUGUCUACUGCAAAGGCCCCUGCCACAGGGUCCAGCCUGGGAAGCUCCGAGUUCAGUGCGGCACCUGCAGACAAGCCACCCUGACCUUGGCCCAGGGUCCAUCCUGCUGGGAAGAUGUCUUAAUUCCAAACCGGAUGAGUGGCGAGUGCCAAUCUCCAGACUGUCCUGGAACCAGAGCAGAAUUUUUCUUUAAAUGCGGAGCACACCCAACCUCUGACAAGGAUACAUCUGUAGCUUUGAACCUGAUCACCACUAACAGCCGCAGCAUCACCUGCAUAGCAUGCACAGAUGUCAGGAGCCCCGUCCUGGUCUUCCAGUGUAACCACCGCCACGUGAUCUGCUUGGACUGCUUCCACUUGUACUGUGUCACAAGACUCAACGACCGGCAGUUUGUCCAUGAUGCUCAGCUUGGCUACUCCCUGCCGUGUGUGGCUGGCUGUCCCAACUCCCUGAUUAAAGAGCUCCAUCACUUCAGGAUUCUUGGAGAAGAGCAGUACAACAGGUACCAGCAGUAUGGCGCGGAGGAGUGUGUACUGCAGAUGGGGGGCGUGCUGUGCCCCCGUCCUGGCUGCGGAGCUGGGCUACUGCCUGAGCAGGGCCAGAGGAAAGUCACCUGUGAAGGGGGCAACGGCCUGGGCUGCGGGUUCGUCUUCUGCCGGAACUGUAAGGAAGCAUACCACGAAGGUGAAUGUGACUCGCUGUUUGAAGCCUCGGGGGCCACCUCUCAGGCCUACCGAGUGGACAAAAAGGCCGCUGAGCAAGCUCGCUGGGAGGAGGCCUCUAAAGAAACCAUCAAGAAAACCACUAAGCCUUGUCCUCGCUGCAAUGUGCCAGUGGAAAAAAAUGGAGGCUGCAUGCACAUGAAGUGUCCGCAGCCGCAGUGCAGGCUGGAGUGGUGCUGGAACUGCAGCUGUGAGUGGAACCGAGCCUGCAUGGGUGAUCACUGGUUUGACGUGUAGAAGGAUGUCACCCAGGCAUUGGCCGGGCCUCAGCUUCUCAUGGGAAAGAUGUCGACUCCUACCCUCUUAGCCAUUUCGUCUCCUCUAUGCAUAUAAGCACAUACAUACACACGCACAAACACAGGCUGCAAAUUACAGAUGCGGCCACUAGAGCCUUUCCACGGCACCCACGGAAACCAGCAGCGCCUGCAAGAGGCACUUUCAGGCUUCUGGCUUAUGCAAAUAUCAGAGCUGGGAAGAGAGCACAGCCCCUUGUUUUGGACUCUCAGCCCAGCCCGAAUCCAGCUAGAUCAUCACAGGGUAGAGGUUUUCCAGGUUUAACUUUCUGCUUCCACUUUCACUAACUUCAUGUAGAAGCCACGGUCGAAGCCAACAGCUUUCCGAGGCUGUUGCCACGUUCUGAUCAUGUUAGACUGCUGUGGAUUCUCACGAGCACACUCAAGAUUUAAGGAGCAGUGCUAUUAUUUAGCAAUCACCUCCUCCCAGAGGGCCCUCCCCAGCAAUAGUCAAAACUACUAGUUUAUCCCCAAGAAUCCUAUCUUUGUAAGUGGUGCUGAUGAAACAGGUCCGCAGCAUACAAAUCAGCUCAUCAACCAAGUGAGGAACUGGGAAAGCUAAUUUGAGCACCGGCUGUUUAAAUCACAGGGAGGGCGUCGAAGCUGAGCUCACUGCCAUCCCUUCAGUUGCCUGCAACCUUUGAAAGAAAUGAUUUUUUUCCUCCUGAAAAUAUUACAAAGUCCGCAAUUUGCUUUGAAGUAUUCAUAUUGCCACCUGGAAGCUUAGCCCAUUCAUUUGGCUUCAGCGUAAACUCAAUAGAGAAAGUGCCUAUAAAGGGGAUAUUCUUAGAAACAAUCCCAUGAUGCUAUUCCAACGCCAACAGCAGUGCAGGUCGGGUUUAUAUUUAUGGAACAUUUACAGAAGGGGCAUUUCUAGGUCCUCUAAGUGAAAGCGUGCCUGACCCCUCCAUCAGAAGGGGAGAGACCUCUGUGUACCUACUCCCUCCCCAGCUGCUAAGCCCCAGGCAGGGCCUUUUGUGCAGGACAAUAAACACACACUAGAAUAUUCUUCAGGUUAAUAUGCAACACAUUUGAAUGUUAAUUUUUUGAAAUUUUACUUUUUCCUGUUUUGUUUUAUUUUUGAGGCACGCACAAUACAUAAAAACAUUAGCACUAGAAACUGUGAGCCGAAUUUUCUACCGCACCAUGUGUGCAGGGGUGAGGCAUAGUCUCUGCCUUUCCUUCUCACUUGAUAUUCUGGCUUCUCAGGAGGCUGAGCUGCUAGCUGAGGGUCUCGUUGGCACCUGAGGUCCCUUGGGACUUAAGAGACCUGGAUCUUCUGACACCAAUAUGAAGGUGUAACCAACAGAAACCCUUGCUGGUGGGAGAAGAGGCAGUGACCUCAGAAUUUUCCAGGUCGUAUACCAAGAACAUCCGCUCCCCGACUCCAAGCAGCCUUACCCAGCCUCAUCCAGAACUCUCCCCAGGAGUGUUCUGCCCUCCCCCUCUUCUGAGACGCAAUGCUGGAACAAGACUGUGGUGUGAGCGGGGUCAUAACAACAUGAAUGACCCCAUUUAAUAUCAGCUAUUAGAAAAUCCUUCCACUCCUACACACUGUAGGCCUGCCAGACCUGAGUCCAGAAGCCGAGGUCACAUGGAAAUAAUGGUGUUGGAAUCUUGGAAAGUGAGGAAAGAUCAGCAGACCCAAGUCCACGCUUGCAUCCCGGAGGCCUAGUCUCCACCCCAGCCAGGUCCUGAAGGAGUGUACAUACUCACUUAGAGUGGCAAAGCCACUGUCCUGAGCACUCAGGGUUUUUAUGUCACCCUCACUGUUUUGUUUGCAGCAUCGCUCUUCCCGCCGCAUCCUCCCACACCUGUGUGCUGUAAUGGCUUUGAAAGCCAGGCCAAUGUCUCCUGUCCUGCUUGCUACCCAGACUCCCUGGAGCUCGCUGGCUCUCCAGCAUGCUCCUUUUUUCUUUCUAGUGAUGGCCUAUGUUUUCUUCAGAAUAGAAUAGUGAUUCUGAAAAUAGCUUAAAGGGAAAACAUCCACAGUGUGUGAGCAUGAGUCACAGCCUGUGUUGUGUGAGCAUGAAUCGCAGGACAGAAGUGGGUGUCAGAAGAAUGGAAACCUAACCUCUGCAGAGCAAUCUGCCUUUUUCUGCGAAACACAUUAAGAAAGAUCUGAAGGCCUUGUCCACGGUGGUACCCAGACUGUCAAUAAAAGAAUCCAAAGAGUG